GUUGUAUUCGAACGUGAAGAAAGUUGUUUUAUUAUGUACUUAUCUAUUCCCUUGAAAGUAUGAUUCAAGCUGUUAAUUCAAAUGUAUAGUUAGUGCUUAAGUGAAUCAAGUGUAGUGUUUUAAGUACGUCGAUUAUUAAAAGCAUCAAUAUGGUUAUUAACAAAAUCGAACCACAAGAAUGCUUGAGAGAUUCUCCUAAGUUCAGGAGUGUCUUAGAGGAAGAAGAAACUAGCAUAGAUCAACUUGAGGGCAAACUAGAAAAGAUAUUGAAAGUCUGCGGAUCUAUGAUAGAUGCUGGAAAAACAUAUGUUGGACAACAAAGCCUUUUUGCGAACAGUCUAUGGGAUCUGAGCACGCAUUUCAGGGAAGACCCGAUGGUCUUAUCUUCUUUGAAUAAGCUAAUUCACAGUUUGCAGGAAAUGAACAAAUUCCACACGAUUUUGUUGGAUCAAGCCUCGCGUACGAUUCUCAAAAACAUCACGUCUUUUAUAAAAAAUGAUAUCAAGCAAGUGCGUGACUAUAAGCAACAUUUCGAGAAAAUCUCCAACGAAUACGAUACAAUUCUUAUCAGAAACUCGCAUACACCUAAAAGUAAACCUCAAGAAGUUGAAGAGGUUCAAAAUAUAUUGGUCGCUGUCAGAUCCUGUUUCGGUCACCAAACGCUAGACUAUGUCAACAGUAUAAGUGUUUUGCAGAUGAAGAAACGCUAUGAAAUUUUGAGUACGCUUCUGUCAUACAUGCAUGCUUGCACGACGUAUUACCAUCAGGGAUCUGAUUUGUGCGCCGAUUUGGAACCGUUCUUCAAAACCUUAGCUGAUGAGAUAGCUACAAUGAGAGAUGAAACGUACAAACUGCAAAAGGACCUCGAGAAUACUCACGCGUCCGUAUCGAAUAUAGAACUAGUCACCAGGAAAAACGAAAAGAACUCUCCUACUAUGGAGGGAUAUUUGUUCAAAAGAACCUCGAAUGCUUUCAAGACGUGGAACAGAAGAUGGUUCUACUUAUAUGACAAUAAGCUAGUAUAUAGAAAAAGAUCUGGUGAAGAGCAAGAGACUGUUAUGGAGGAUGAUUUGAGGUUAUGUACAGUUAAGCCGGUGUCAGAUGGAGAGAGACGGUUUUGUUUCGAGGUGCUGUCGCCUGCGAAAAGUCACAUGCUUCAGGCUGACUCGAAAGAAAUGUACGAUGCCUGGAUCACAGCGCUACAGAAAGGUAUCGGAGCCGCGAUUCAGAGAGUGCAAAGUUGCGAUUUGGAUAAUCACAAAAACAAUGUCGGCAAUUUGCACAGGCAUUCGAAUAAGGAAACGCGGAGGAGUCAAAACGGGCCGCUGUCUAAAGAUACAAGUAAAAUGAAAAAAAUAAAAAUGUGGGAACAGCUGUUGAAAAUUCCUGGCAAUAAUUUCUGUUGCGACUGCGGCAGUCCCAAUCCUAGGUGGGCUAGUAUUAAUUUGGGAAUCACCUUGUGUAUUGAAUGUUCCGGAGUCCACAGAAGUUUAGGAGUGCAUUACAGCAAAGUCCGCUCGUUGACUUUAGAUGACUGGGAGCCGGAAAUAAUCAAAGUUAUGGCCGAACUAGGAAACUCUCUCGUCAAUAAAAUAUACGAAGCAAAUAUUCCGCCGGAUUUUGCUAGACCCCAUGAACAGUGCUUAGGGGCCGUAAGGGAGACGUUCAUCAAAGCGAAGUAUGUCGACCGUCUUUUCGUCAAGUGUCUGCCCGAUUUCAAAGACAAGGCGGACUCGCCAAACAGGUGUUCACGGUCAAGCCUGAUGGAGGUUAGGAAAUGGAGUGUGAGGAAAAUGAGGCGGAGACCCAGAAGCUGUGAUAAACGGAAAACUGCAAAAUUAGAUCUGCCCAAAAUCGAAAAUAUUCCCGAAAGUACGGAAAGUUGUAGCAGCAGCGGCAAAGAUGACGAUACUAACAGCGAGUCCUCCAAAAGAAACAGUCUCAGGCAAAGAAACGGCGUUUUGUUGUUUGGUAACGAUUUGGAGAAACAGCCAAUUGACGGCUCUAUCGAUUUGAGCAGCGAUCAAGAAUCUACGGGCGGCGAAGAUGAAAACGAAAUAGUCGGAGAAGAGGAUAUCUCUAAGCUCCAACCUGACCUAUUGCUUUAUAAAGCCUCAGCAGCUCAUAAUUUGCCAGUCAUGUGUGAAGCUUUAGCCUUGGGAGCAGAUAAAAACUGGGUAAAUCCUGAGGAUAGAGGUAGGAGUCCUAUACAUGCAGCAGUAUUAAGUGGAUCUGUCAUGCCGUGCGCAUACUUAAUCUUGAACGGUGCCAAAAUCAACGCCCAGGAUCAGAACGGCAAAACGCCUUUGCAUCUCGCCACGCAGGAGGGUCAUACGGCGCAGGUGUGUCUCUUCUUGAAGCAUCGCGCUGACCAACAUCUCGAAGACGACGAAGGAAAGGUGCCUCUAUCGAUGGCUGAGCAGAAGGAACAUGCCGAUAUUGUCACAUUGUUGAGGUUAGGCAGGUUAAACGAAGAAAUGAAAGAUUCCGAGAUGGGAGUCACAGGUGACGACACAUUCAACGACGUAGUUAGGGACUUCUCUAGGUUAGCAUGUUCUCAUCCCGAGAAACUUCAGAGGAGAACCGAGGAUGAGUGAUAAUUCAUAUUUUAUAUUGACUUAUGAAAUCAUGCCGAUAUGUAAUUUUAGCUCCAGUGUAGGCCAAAAUAUAGUUAGUGCAAGGUUUCUCUUUCACUUUGGCAAAGACAGUGUUUUACAUACAUUGCUGACUUGCAAUAUUUUAUGGUGAUUUCGAUUAGUAGACGUUCGGUAAGCUGCAUAUUAACAGGUGAUCCCUUUAGAGGUAGUUUUUUAUAUAAAAAAAUAUAUGCAUAAAAACGACCAACUUUACUUCGGGUUAUCCUUAUCAAUUAUCAUUAUUGAGAAUCAAUUUUUGGAUACUGUUCCUUCGAAAAAAGUGAUUUUCCAAAAGGCAAGAAACACUCAAAAUAUCUAUGAUGUAGGUUAUGGGCCUAGGAGUGUACCGACCAAAAAUCUUAAUAUCAAAAUACUAUGUUCACAUCUUGCAGAAUCGCAUUUUUAAAUUCUUUGUAGCUUUUGGGACUACGAAUAUAAACAUUUUUUAAACUGUAUAAUUAUUUAUUACUUUCAAAAUGAACUGUGAUGUUGGAGUGAAAUGGAAAUCUGCAAUUGGGCUCAUUGUUAAUUGUUGUAAAAGCUCGGUAUGUAAUUUAACUACCUGCUUGGCAUUAAUUUUUGCUCAUGCGUGUAUUUGUAAGAAACUCGUAAUUUUAUAUAUUCAAUUAUAUAACUUGCUAUUUUUCGUAAAAUAUCAUUCCUGUUAAGUUAGGAAAUUUUGACAUUCCAACAUGACCCAAUCUGUUGUGUGAUAAACUUUUUAUUAUCGAAUUUUUACACAUAAAAAAUUUUAACUGGUUGCAUGUUGACAUGUUAUUUGUUCCUAACCCUGUUAUGUCAGUACUUGAUUGCAUCACCAGAAAUACAGAUUUUUUAUUAUAUUUUAAAUGAUUCUUAUAUUUUAUACAAAGAAAUCUCAAAUAUAUCCUUUAUUCAGUAUAA